AUGGGGCCCGGCUCUCCGCGCGCGCUCGUCCUUCUCCUGCUGCUCCUCGCCCGCCCCGGAGCGCGGGCUUCCCAGAGCUGUCUCAACAAACAGCAGCUCCUGACAACCAUCCGCCAGUUGCAGCAGCUGCUGAAGGGCCAGGAGACCCGCUUCGCUGAAGGCAUCAGAAACAUGAAGAGUCGGCUGGCUGCGCUACAAAACACUGUGAGCAAAGUGGCCCCAGAUGCACCUCCAGUUUCCUGCCCCGCUCUGGACGCCCCUCCCGAUGGCAAGAAGUUCGGAAGCAAGUACUUGGUGGACCAUGAAGUCCAUUUUACCUGCAACCCUGGGUUCCGGCUGGUUGGUCCCAGCAGUGUGGUGUGUCUUGCUAACGGCACCUGGACUGGAGAAAAGCCCCAUUGCAGAGACAUCAGGGCAUGCUCCAGCCAGCCUUGUCACAACGGUGGGACGUGUGUGGAAGGAGUCAACCAGUACAGAUGCAUCUGUCCUCCAGGAAAAACUGGGAACCGCUGUCAGCAUCAGACCCAGGCUGCGGCCCCCGAGGGCGGUGUGGCCGGCGACCCCGCCAUCAGCCGCGCGCCGCGCUGCGCGCAGGUGGAGCAGGAGCAGCACUGCAGUUGCGAGGCGGGAUUCCACUUGAGCCGCAUGGCGGGCGGCGACAGCGUCUGCCAGGAUGUGAAUGAGUGUGAGAUCUACGGGCAGGAAGGACGCCCCCGGCUGUGCAUGCAUGCCUGUGAGAACGCCCCUGGCUCCUACCGCUGUACCUGCCCCAGUGGAUACCGGAUCCUGGCUGAUGGGAAGAGCUGUGAGGAUGUUGAUGAGUGUGUGGGUCCACAGUCCAUGUGCCCCCAGGGGACCACAUGCAUCAAUACUGGAGGAGGUUUCCAGUGUGUCAGCCCUGAGUGCCCCGAGGGCAGCGGCAACGUAAGCUACGUGAAGACAUCUCCCUUCCAGUGUGAGCGAAGCCCCUGUCCCAUGGAUAGCAGGCCAUGUCGCCACCUGCCGAAGACCAUCUCCUUCCAUUACCUCUCUCUACCUUCCAACCUGAAGACACCCAUCACACUCUUCCGCAUGGCCACAGCCUCAGUUCCUGGCCAUCCUGGGCCCAACAGCCUGCGCUUUGGAAUUGUGGGUGGGAACAGCCGUGGCCACUUCGUAAUGCAGCGCUCAGACCGACAGACAGGGGAGCUCAUCCUUACACAGACCCUGGAGGGGCCUCAGACUCUGGAGGUAGAUGUUGACAUGUCAGAAUACCUGGAACGCUCCUUCCAGGCCAACCAUGUAUCCAAGGUCACCAUCUUUGUGUCUCGCUAUGACUUCUAAGGAUGCCCUGGCAGUCAGGGGACUGAGAUUUGAGAUCUGGGCUGAUUUCUCUUUCCCAAGGACACAACUGUAGGCAAGAGCUGCGAUGGUCAUUUCUCCUCCCUGUCAUGUUCCCAUCUACUUGGCCU